AUGCCUAGUCAAGGUAGUGGUCAAGGCAGUGGUCCAGAUCCAUCUCAAAAGAGACGUACCCGACUCGACGCCGUCGCCGAACUGAAAAAUAAAACCAAUACCCCAAAAGCAAAAGCAGCCGCCAAGGCUGAGAAUGAAGCCAAGAGAACUCAACUCACCGAACUAUAUAAAACGUUUGAAGGUAUAAAAACUAAAAUCGAAGCUGAUUUGGAAGAACAGGAACAAGAGAGACGGAAGCUGCUGAAAGAAAAUAUAAGAAAGAAUGUAGCUGCUCACUGGGCGAAAGAGAACAAGAAAGAAGAAGAGCUUAAGAGAAAUGGAAAUAGCAGUGCUUCUAGUGGAGAAAAGAAACGUCCGAAUAGAACGAGUAGUAGUUCCAGUACAGAUACGUCAAAGGGAAAAGGGACUAUGAAGAAGUCUGUUACUUAG